CGGAGCCCAGAGCCGAGCCCGCCAGCGCCGGCCCGAGACCCGGGCGCCCCCGCGCUCUCCGCUCCCGCCGGGAUCGCGCGCCGCACGGCGGCCGCGCCGCAGAGCCAACAUGCCCAUCACUCGGAUGCGCAUGAGACCCUGGCUAGAGAUGCAGAUUAAUUCCAACCAAAUCCCAGGGUUGAUCUGGAUUAAUAAAGAAGAGAUGAUCUUCCAGAUCCCUUGGAAGCAUGCUGCCAAGCAUGGCUGGGACAUCAACAAGGAUGCCUGUCUGUUCCGGAGCUGGGCCAUUCACACAGGCCGAUACAAAGCAGGGGAAAAGGAGCCGGAUCCCAAGACGUGGAAGGCCAACUUUCGCUGUGCCAUGAACUCCCUGCCGGACAUUGAGGAGGUGAAGGACCAGAGCAAGAACAAGGGCAGCUCUGCUGUGCGGGUGUACCGGAUGCUCCCGCCUCUCACCAAGAACCAGAGAAAAGAGCGAAAGUCCAAGUCCAGCCGAGAUGCUAAGAGCAAGGCCAAGAGGAAGUCAUAUGGGGAUUCCAGCCCGGAUACCUUCUCCGACGGACUCAGCAGCUCCACUCUGCCUGAUGACCACAGCAGCUACACAGCUCAGGGCUAUGUGGGGCAGGACUUGGAGGUGGACCUGGCUCCAGCGCUGUCACCGUGUGUCGUCAGUAGCACUCUCCCCGACUGGCAGAUCCCACUGGAAGUUGUGCCGGAUAGCACCAGCGAGCUGUACAGCUUCCAGGUGUCACCCAUGCCCUCUGCCUCGGAAGCUGCCACAGAUGAGGAUGAGGAAGGGAAGUUAACUGAGGACAUCAUGAAGCUUUUGGAGCAGUCGGAGUGGCAGCCAACCAGCGUGGAUGGGAAGGGGUACCUGCUCAACGAACCUGGGGCCCAGCCCACUUCCCUAUAUGGAGACUUCAGCUGCAAAGAGGAGCCAGAAGUUGACAGUCCUGGGGGGGACAUCGGGCUGAGCCUACACCGCGUCUUCACGGAUCUGAAGAACAUGGACUCCAACUGGCUGGACAGCGUGCUGCCCCCAGUCAGGAUGUCCUCCAUCCAGGCCAUUCCCUGUGUGCCGUAGCUGCGCCCCGGCCCCUCCUACUCCCCCAGGCAAGCAGGGGGGCGCCACGGUGGCUGCGGUGCAGAGAAGCUGGACUCCUGUGGGCGCCUUGACUUAGCCCGGUGUGACCUCACUGUCAAGUAGGGUGGGCCUCCCUUUGGGUCGGCGGCCUCUCGGGGCCUCUGGCAGGCCAGGUCUGGGCUCGUCUCGUGGGUAAAGCUGGCCCUGUGUCCUGGGAAGAUGGGGCUCUGAGACUGGUGUGUCAGGUGGGGGACUCGGACAGGAGUCAGCCUCUAGCUUUCCCUGCGAGCCCAGCUGCCUGGAGAGGGUGUCACUGUCGCUGGCUGGCUGGAGGGGAGCCGACCAGCGACCUCAGAAGAGCGUGGCACCAAUCCCAGGGCUGGCCCUGCACUAAGAGUUGCACUAAGUGAAUCCCGUUCCCAAAGAACCACUUCCCCUUCCCAGCUGAGCCCUGGGACUGCUCUAGAGCCAGUGAGAUGUGAAGGAAGAUGGAGUCCUGCAGGGCCGCUGCCUCGGCCUCAGAGGAGCUCCGCCCUGCCCUGCUCUGCCGAGGGGCAUGGGAAAAACACGGCACUUUUUCUCGUGGACUUCGCCACAUUUCUGAUCAGAGGUGUACACUAACAUUCCCCCCGAGCUCUUGGGCUUUGCGUUUAUUUAUACAGUGCCUUGCCCGGCGCCCACCACCCCUCAUGCCCCGGCAGCCCUCAGCAGGCCCAGGGAGGGCUGGGUGAGCGCCUUGGUGUGACUUUAAAAAUUGGAAACGCCAUCUAACCACUAAGUCAUGCGUGACCACAUAUGGACAUGUGUGUAAAUAUGUACAUUUGUCUUUUUAUAAAAAGUUAAUUGUUUACAAGUGGUGUGGCCUUUUAUUUAGAGAGAAA